GAAACAUUUCGAAUUCCUCAACCCCCGAAAGGGCGAAAACCCCAACGCCUCCAAAAGUUUCCCGCCCGAGCCCCUCGAACCCUAGUACCAUCACCGACUGGCGACGCCUCGCCGGCGGCCGGCGAGAUGCACAUCAAGGAGGUAACUCUCGAGGGGUUCAAGUCGUACGCGGGACGGACUGUGGUGCCGGGGUUCGACCCGCUGUUCAACGCCAUCACCGGGCUCAACGGUUCCGGCAAGUCCAACAUCCUCGACUCCAUCUGCUUCGUGCUCGGCAUCACAGAUCUCCGUCAGGUACGCGCUGCCUCGCUCCAGGAGCUCGUCUACAAGCAAGGCCAGGCCGGGGUCACCAAGGCUACCGUGUCCAUCGUCUUCGACAAUUCCGACCGCUCCCGCUCCCCGCUCGGCUACGAGGACUCCCCGGAGAUCACUGUCACGCGCCAGGUUACACAUCCCUUCGCCGUCUUCAUUACUUCAAGCGGCCUUCUGAAGCGUACCCUUGCUACUGCAUGUUUGAGUUCCUUUUGUGUGCGUGUGUGUGUGUGUGUGUGUGUGUGUGGGGGGGGGGGGGGGGGGGGGGGGGUAGGUGAUUUGGGGUUUGCGCCACGAUUUUGAUUUGCAUAUCCUCAAUUUCGGCGCUGAUGUGUCAAGUUGGAUUAAGAUGCUGCCCUGCGAACUCCGAAGAGGAGCUGCUGCAUGAGGUGGUUUCAGGUAAAAGGAGAUGGUGACUUGCGAUGUCUGGAGCUGGAAUUUUGAGGAGAUUGUUGUUGGUGGAAGGAACAAAUACCUUAUCAAUGGCCAUCUUGCACAACCUUCCCGGGUGCAGACCCUUUUCCACUCAGUGCAGCUUAAUGUAAACAAUCCUCAUUUUCUAAUUAUGCAAGGGCGCAUAACAAAAGUGCUGAACAUGAAGCCUCCAGAAAUUUUGUCAAUGUUAGAAGAGGCAGCAGGUACAAGAAUGUACGAAAUGAAGAAAGAAUCUGCUCUUAAGACACUUGAAAAGAAGCAGAAUAAAGUUGAUGAGAUUAAUAAACUCCUUGAUGUUGAAAUCCUCCCUGCACUAGAGAAACUUAGAAAAGAGCGGUGUCAAUACAUGAAAUGGGCCAAUGGCAAUGCUGAACUGGAUAGGCUCAAAAGAUUUUGUAUUGCCUAUGACUUUGUUCAGGCUGAGAGAGUGCGAGAUGGCGCACUGAAUGAUGUCAAACAAAUUAAAACAAAGAUUGUUGAGCUGGAUGAAACUACAGAAAACAUAAAAGCAGCUAUACAAGAAAUGGACAAUAACAUUUCUACCUUGGCUGCUGAAAAAGAAGCUAAAGUAGGUGGUGAAAUGAAGGUUCUGUCAGACAAAGUGGAUAAACUAUCACAUGUACUUAUCAAGGAAACUUCUGUGAUGAAUAAUCAAGAGGAAACCCUGAAGUCUGAGGAAAAGGGUGCUGAGAAGAUUCUCACAAACAUUGAGGACAUAAAAAGGUCUAUACUCGAGAGAGAUGCUGCUGUAAAAAAUGUAGAGAAUGAGGCUUCUGACAUGAAAAGAAGAGCAGAGGAUCUCACAAAGGAGUUGGACGAGAAGGAGAAAGAAUACCAGGGUGUGCUAGCAGGAAAAAGCAGUGCAAAUGAGAAGAAAUGCCUUGAAGAUCAACUGAGAGAUGCAAAAGCUGCAGUUGGAGAUGCAGAAUCUGGACUAAAGCAGCUAGCUACAAAAAUAAAGCAUUCUGAAAAGGAGUUGAAGGAGAAGAAAACUCUAUUAGUAUCCAAGCGUGAUGAGGCUAUUGCUGCUGAGAAUGAGCUGAAAACAAGGACAAAAGACUUAGAAGGUAUCAAGGCAUCCAUGGGAUCUAUUAAUUAUGACGAGGGUCAGAUGGAAGCUUUGCAAAAGGACCGUUCUGCAGAGUUAGAAAUUAUUCAAAAAUUAAAGGAUCGUGUUCGUAACCUUUCUGGUGAGCUUGCUAAUGUUCACUUCAGUUAUCGAGACCCUGAAAGAAAUUUUGACAGAUCAAAAGUCAAAGGGGUUGUUGCACGUCUUAUUAGGAUUAAGGACAGCUCAACAGCAACAGCACUGGAGGUUGCUGCAGGUGGGAGGUUAUUCAAUGUGGUUGUUGACACUGAAGAAACUGGAAAGCAACUUUUAAAAAAUGGGGAUCUACGAAGUAGAGUAACCAUCAUACCUUUGAACAAAAUCCAAACUUACAUGAUACCUGACAGAGUUCAGCAGACAGCUCGUAGACUGGUUGGUCCUGACAAUGUAACAUUAGCUCUAGAAUUGGUUGGAUAUGGUGAGGAAGUAAAGAAUGCCGUGGCUUUUGUCUUUGGCUCAACAUUUGUGUGUCGUAAUAUGGAUGCGGCAAAAGAGGUUGCGUUUAAUAGGCAAAUUAGCAGUACUAGUGUGACUCUUGAGGGUGACACUUAUCAGCCAAGUGGUCUUUUGACUGGAGGUAGUAAAGGGGGUAGAGGGAACUUGCUAAGGAAACUCGACGAACUAGCUAAAGCUGAGGCUGAUCUAUCUGAUCAUGAGAAAAAGCUCUUUGUCAUUGAACAGCAGAUUGGAGCCCUUUUACCAUUGCAGAAAAGGCACACUGAGUUGAAAUCUCAGUUUGAACUGAAGUCAUAUGAUCUCUCGCUGUUUCAGAACAGAGUUGAGCAAAAUGAACAUCACAAGUUAGGUGAGCUCGUAAAGAAAAUUGAACAAGAGCUUCAAGAAUCUAAACAAGAGUUGACAGAAAAGCAAGUGCAGCAUGAAAAAUGUGUGUCCACAGUUUCUGAGUUAGAGAAAACUAUCAAAACUUAUGGCACGGAACGAGAGGGCAAACUCAAAGCGCUGGAAAAAAGAAUCAAAUCAAUUAAAUCAGAGAUGCAGUCGAUGUCGAAGCAACUAAAGGCUUAUGAAAGUGACAGGGAGAGGCUGAUCAUGGAGAAAGAUGCGGUUGUUGGUGAGCUUGCUACACUGGAAGAGCAGCUAACGACUUCAAAAGCUCAGAUUACUUCUCUGUCUGAAACCUUGGAAAAACAGAAGGACAAGGUUACAUCCAUAAAGCAAGAUUAUGAUCAAGCUGAAAGUGAGCUCAACGUUGGGCGUUCUAAACUGAAGGAAUGUGACUCACAGAUAAACCGUAUGGCCAAGGAACAGCAGAAACUUCAACAGAAGUUAAGUGAUUCAAAUGUUGAGAGGAAGAAAAUGGAAAAUGAGGUUAAGAGGAUGGAGAUAGAGCAGAAGGAUUGCUCUUCAAUAGUUGAUAAGCUAGUCGAGAAAUAUAAUUGGAUUGCAACUGAGAAACAAUUGUUUGGGAAAAGUGGUACAGAUUAUGAUUUUGAAUCUUGUGAACCACAUAAAGCCCGAGAGGAACUUGAAAAUCUUCAAGCUCAACAAUCCAGUCUUGAGAAGAGGGUCAAUAAGAAAGUAAUGGCAAUGUUUGAGAAGGCGGAGGAUGAGUACAAUGAUUUGAUGUCAAAGAAAAACAUCAUCGAGAAUGACAAGGCAAAAAUCAAGAAAGUGAUAGAGGAGUUGGAUGAGAAGAAGAAGGAAACAUUGAAGGUCACUUGGCUCAAAGUAAACAAGGAUUUCGGGUCUAUAUUCAGUACUCUUUUACCUGGUACAAUGGCAAAACUUGAUCCUCCAGAAGGUGGUACUUUUUUGGAUGGUCUUGAAGUUCGUGUGGCAUUUGGGACAGUUUGGAAGCAGUCUCUGUCUGAACUUAGUGGAGGACAACGAUCCCUUCUUGCUCUUAGUCUUAUCCUGGCUCUGCUUCUUUUUAAACCUGCACCACUUUACAUAUUGGACGAGGUUGAUGCUGCUCUUGAUCUGAGCCACACUCAAAACAUUGGUAGAAUGAUCAAGGCUCAUUUUCCGCACUCUCAGUUCAUAGUUGUCUCUUUAAAAGAGGGUAUGUUCAACAACGCCAAUGUGAUAUUUCGAACAAAAUUUGUUGAUGGUGUGUCCACCGUGACACGAACAGUGCCUUCGAAACAGAGAUGACCAGUUUACACAUCAUGCAUCUUCUGAACCAAAACUAGGCAUACAAUUCCAAAACUGUCAUUUUAAGGAGCUGCUAUAAUCAAACAUUUUCGCUGUUUAUUCAGCCAUGUUUAUUCAGCCAGGAAAAUUAUUCCAUGAAAGCUGAACCCCACAAUUACUUGACGCUGAUGCCUCAAGCCCCUCGCUUGUCAGGCAAUGACAUCAAAAUAGGUGCUGUAACUGUAAUCUCAUGGCGUGACGUUCAUGAUGACCUCGACUGGCUUCUACAUUAUGCGCUUUCUUCUGACCUGAUGUGUAAUUAGCGGUUGAACUAUUUUGUGUUGAAGGUCGACCGUGUAGCAUGUAUGUAACAGCCAUUUAUAACCAAGGUCAUGUAUAAUUCUGACUUGCAAAUUUACCCUAUGUUGAUUUACCUUUUAUUACUUAGAACAAAAAUCUCAUCAUAGUUUUAGAAAGUCAAUGCUCUAAACACUUCAUAAUAUUAUUGACUAUCGUGUGCAUUGCCGAGAA